GUUGAUUUUACAUUUUUUCUUCUUUUUUUCUUACUGAUUUCGGAUUUCUCUGUUAACAACAUUGUUCUCAGGGUUUUUUUGGGUGGAAACCAUAUAAAAACAUUUCUAGUGUUUAAUCUACUUAUUUUUGUAUAAUUUCCUAUGUUUGAAUGUAGUAUUAAAUUGGUUUAAUAGUUUUCUAUGUUGUAAAUCGAGUUCUAAGGCAAUGCAAAAGCUUUAUUUCGUGAUUUUUCUAUGUUGUAAAUCUAGAUUCAGGGUUAACUGAUUGUUUUGAGUGCUUGACAUCAAGUUCCCUGACAAUCUAUCCGUAUUAGAGUGCUUGUUGGUUGUCUGCAUGAUAAGAUAUUAGAGAGCUUGUUGGUUGUCUGCAUGAUAAGAAUAUGGAUGAACAAUCAUUUGAUAGUUUGGGUUCUUGUUGGAAUCAAUAUACUUCAUUCCAGACUGCUGUAAUUUUGAUUAGCUUGAUUCACUGUGAGAUUGCUACGUUAGCAUCAUCCUAAUUCAUGCAAACCUUAAAAUUUGUUAUAUUGUUUUUAUUAUGGAAACAAUCCCAUAAAAAAUUGAAAAAAUUGAAUUAGAGCUCCAAGAAUGCUCAACCCUCAAUUUUGGACAAAUGCAAAAGAUUUAAAUCUUUUGGAGCUCCAAAUCGAAUAUUAUUUAGAGAACCCACUCCAAAGAUAGUUUAUUUGAAAAAGAGGAUUAGAAAAAACAAAGACUUACUUGAUUCGGAUUUGCAGAUUAGCUUGAGUAGUCCGUCAAAAAAGUAGUUUUGAUUAGCUUGGGUAAUUCAUAUUUUUCUGUAUCUCUCUCCUCUACCUCCUCUCCUACUUGCUUGGUUCAAAUCUCCACAAAAAACCAUAUUCUCUUCUCCUAAACUCAUUCUCCAAUUCAACUGCAGAUUGUUUUGGUAAUGGGGUAAGGCUUUGAACACCACCACUCUGAUCCUUCACUCCCAAACCUAUCAGACUAUGAGACCACCAUCCCCAACUUCUUCGAGUUCUGCGAUACCAAGCACAGGGACUAUUGUCCAUGCUAUGACACCAAGAGAGAGAAGAAAUUUGACACCCAUAUGCUAUUUUUCAGAGACUAUUCUCAUCAAAUGAGUGUUAUUGGUUUUAGUUUUGUAGGCCUUCUAUCAAGAAACUUUAGUUUUUGGGAAUGGUCAUAGUCAAAUUUGGAAAUUGGAACAUGGUUUCGGGUUCAUAAUAAAUGAGGAUUUGGUUUCAGUGCUCUUAUUGAACAUUGAUUUCCGAAGUGAUUAACUUUCCCUUCAUGGCUAAUUAAAAUGUUGUUUGUCGUUUUUUCUGUAUUUCUGUUUAACUAAUCCAUGUCACAUCCUUAUUUGAGAAAUUGCUCGGCUGUUGUUUGGGUGACAAUUCAAUUUAUCCAUUAACCAUUUCAAUGCCUUUUAGAAAAUUAUUGCUGAGUUAUUGAGAAUAUUAUGCUCUCUUUUGUUAUGCUUUAUUUAUGGUUCAAUAGUAUAGGGUGGUUAUAUUUCUGGUUGACCAUGUACAUUUCCAACAUUGUCUUUUUUUGCAUCCUUGGGAACCUUUUGUGUGCUAAAUGCUAAACAGUUCAGCAUGUUGAAUUGUGGUCAACGAAUUCUUAUUCUGAUCUUUGAAUUGUGGUCAAAUGCUUAACAGUUCUGCAUUCUCGUUGUUGUAGAACUUGGUUACUGGAUUGUACUUUGAGCUUCCAAUGAUUACUAAAAUUCAUUGUGGUACUUUGUUCACAAUUGUCGAUUCUCUCCCAUAGUUCUCUUUUGAUUCUCAUUAGUUACAAUUCAUGAUUCUCAUUAGUCACAAUUCAUGCUUAUCUGAAAACCUGUGAAGUUUAGUUGCUAUUGUUUACUAGCUUGCUUGUUUUCAUUCCUGAAUUUGUUCUUCACUCAAUGGUUUCAUUUGUUCCAAGUAUUUAUUGAAAUUGCUUUGCUUUUUUUCUUUUUGAAAUUGCUUUGAUAUACAGCUAUGAUGUGGGUUCAUGAAAUCUGAUAUAUUUUUCUAUGAUACACAGCUAUGAUGUGGGUUUGUGAAUAAAAUGCUGAAUGUUAGUAGAAUUGAGAAUAAUCUUACUUACCUUUUGUUAUUUUUUAUUUUUGGGUUUGUUCAGUUUUACUUAGCUCCAAUUAUGAAUGCUGUAGCUACCAUGCUCUUUUUGUUACCUUUCUAUUUUUAAUGAAUAAUGCUUAUGGGUUCAUGAAUAUAAUUGGUUGGGCCCUUAGGGUUUCCUACUUUUGUCGUUGCGAUUAGAGAGAGAGAAUUUUAGGGUUUUUGGAUUCACAAAAAUUCACAGCUUUGAGGCGCUCAUAACCCUCGGCCUCUGGGAGCAGUCAUGGUAAUCUCUCUCUCUCCAUUUCGAUCAGCAGCCAUGGUGAAGUAUUCCAGGGAGCCGGACAAUCCAACUAAAUCUUGCAAGGCCAGAGGAUCUGAUUUGAGGGUUCACUUCAAGAACACCAGGGAAACCGCAUUUGCUCUCAGGAAGCUCCCAUUGGCCAAGGCUAAGAGGUAUUUGGAGGAUGUUCUUGCCCACAAGCAGGCCAUCCCUUUCCGGCGCUUUUGUGGAGGUGUUGGGCGCACUGCUCAAGCAAAGAACCGCCAUCCAAAUGGACAAGGGCGGUGGCCUGUCAAGUCUGCCAAGUUCAUCUUGAACUUGCUCAAGAGUGCUGAGAGCAAUGCUGAUGUGAAGGGCUUGGAUGUGGAUACACUAUUCAUUUCGCAUAUCCAGGUGAAUCAGGCUCAGAAGCAGAGGCGGCGAACUUACCGUGCCCAUGGAAGAAUCAACCCUUACAUGUCCUCCCCCUGUCAUAUUGAGUUGAUAUUGUCUGAAAAGGAGGCACCUGUUAAGAAAGAGGCUGAAACCGAAGUGGUGCUCAAGAGGACGAAGAAAUCUCAAGCUCUUCGUAGUGGGGCUUCAUCUUAAAGCUUUGCAGAGUAAGAGAGAUUGGUAUCGCGUCAACUUGAAGAUUUACUCUGAGAGAUUGACAUCUUUUUUCCUUCUAUUUGAAUGGUCAUGUUUUUGCAACAUUUCGUAAAGAAUUUUGUGGUUGUAUAAGGACCAAGAAUUAGUCACCCAAUUUGGAGAGAUCUUUUCUUGCUUGAAUUGGCUAGUUUGAGCCUUAGAUCAUAUUUGGGUCAUUGUUUUGGCUUGAGUGUCUUCCGUUGUGGACACCAAUGUCCUUACAUUGUAGGCAUUAGUUACCACGAAAGUGUUUUAGAACUUUUGUUAGUAAUGUGAUUGUUUCAUGA